AACUUCCAAAGCUAAAGACAUGAGACAUGGGCUCGUUUGCUUGUUUGAUUUGAAAAUAAACGUUUACGAUUUUUAAAAUCUUUGAAUUUAUGAUGGAUUUGUUUCAUUUUAUAUUUGAAAGAUAACAUUAUUCGCUUAGUUGAUUUUUAUCAUGAAUUUAAAGAUUUUUGUACCAUGGGUCUCAAAUUCUUGCAUUCUAUGACCAAAUACCAAAUGAAAUGUAGUAUUUGUAAUACGUAGGGUCCACAAAUUUUAAACUAAAAAAAUCUAAUUGCAUGGAUAUCACAAAUUUAUAUACCUUAACAAACAAUGUAUUUUUUUUUUUAUCAAAUCCAUAAUACUUGAUGAUAUUUAGGGGACAAUUACAAACAAACGAACCCUAAAUAAAAUAAGACACCAACCGAUAGUAGCAUAGCCCACAACUUUGUAGAACAAAAUUCAGAAGUGAGCGAAAUUAAUGCAGCACCGCAAGAAACGCCAAUUCACACGACAGCACGGGAGAAAGAAACACAUGGACAUGCAGGAUGCAGCCACGUGUCCUACAGUAAUUCGACCAUCGUUCGCAUUUUCCGCCAAAUGAUUAGUCCCCUUCUCUUACCAUCCGUCGCUUUCCUUUCCUUCCCCAAACUCCAAUCACAAUUCACAACCCCCCUCAAGGAAUUUACACGAUCGAACAAAAAGAAUUCAGAGAAAAGGGCAAUGGAAUCCACUCAAAAGUUGCAGUUUCUCACCGAAGAAAUCCAGAAGCUAAUAGAAGAGAAGAAGAACGAAGAAGAAGAAGCCUACGGCGACUCCAUCUCCUUGGACGACAAAGAUCGCCCUAUUCUCUCCAGAUUACUCGCCGAGUUGGAAUCGCUGAAAGGAGAAGGGACGCUGAAACAACCGGGGUCAUCGGAGGCAAGCUCUCCACGAGGCGGAGAAAGCAGGUUGAGAAACCGGAAACCAGGUUCCGGCCGGAAUAGCAAGGAAACCGAUGCAGAUGAGGAGCUAGUGAAGGAGAUUAAGAAGGUGAAGAGGCAGAACUUCAUCACUCAUUGCCUGCUUUCUGCUUUGAUCGUCGUGACGGUGGCCUGGCAAGUCUCCGAGGUGUCCAUCGCCUUGGCCGUCAAGGACAAACUGAGCCAUCCCGUGAGGUCCUUGCUGAGCAGCUUCUUUCCGCGCAGGGAGCAGGACGGGGAGAAGAAACAUUCUGCUGAGGAGUCCGAUUCGAUCAAGAUCCCCGAGCUUCCCCACGUAGAGUUUCGGUUCAAUGGUGAAGACAAGUGGUAGCAACCAAGCUUGCAUCCAUGGCGCCCGUAGGUUUUUGCUGUGUAUUUGUAUCAACCCAUUUGUAGUCUUUUCUUUUUUCUGCAUUUGGCGAAGACUGGGCAGAAUGCUGUCGCUUCUUUACGCCAGGCUGCUGAUACAUAUUUUACUCGACCCAACUCCAAAAAGCAGGAGGGGCAAUGAUGUAAAUCCUCGUCGAAGUUGCUCAAAGUCGUCUGUUCCAAUGAGCGUUGAGCAACUUGUCACCUGUGAAACAUGACUAGAACAAUGAAAUUAUUACAACUGC